AACCUUCACAUCAAACUCAUUAACACUUACUUCAUAGCUUUAUUCACACAAAAAACUUAGCUUCUUUACACAACAUGGCCUUUUCAAGCACAUCACUGAUGCUUCUUAUUCCUCUGCUUGUGAGCUCUUACAUUGUCCUUUCUUCUGCUGGUAACUUCAACAAAGACUUUCAGAUUACAUGGGGAGAUGGACGUGCCAAAAUUCUCAACAACGACAAUCUCCUCACCCUCUCCCUUGACAAAGCCUCUGGUUCAGGAUUCGAGUCCAAGAAUGAAUACUUGUUUGGCAAGAUUGACAUGCAGAUUAAGCUGGUUCCAGGAAACUCUGCUGGCACUGUCACUGCAUAUUAUCUUUCCUCUAAGGGAUCAACAUGGGAUGAGAUUGACUUUGAAUUCUUGGGGAAUUUGAGUGGUGACCCUUAUACUCUUCACACCAAUGUGUUCAGCCAAGGAAAAGGAAACAGAGAGCAGCAAUUUCAUCUCUGGUUUGACCCAACUGCAGAUUUCCACACAUACUCAAUCCUCUGGAAUCCCCAACGCAUUGUCUUUUCAGUGGAUGGGACACCAAUUAGGGAGUUCAAGAAUUUGGAAUCAGCUGGAGUUCCAUUUCCAAAGAAUCAACCAAUGAGGUUAACCUCAAGCCUGUGGAAUGCUGAUGAUUGGGCCACAAGGGGUGGACUAGUCAAGACAGAUUGGUCUAAGGCUCCAUUCACCGCAUCAUAUAGAAAUUUCAAUGCCAAUAAUGCUUGUGUUUGGAGCGGUGGGAAAUCAUCAUGCAAAUCAAACUCACCUUCCUCUGCUUCUGGCUCUGCAUCAUGGCUCAAGCAAGAGCUUGAUUCCACUGGUUACCAGAGGUUGCGGUGGGUGCAGAAGAACUACAUGGUCUACAAUUACUGCGCUGACAAGAAGAGAUUUCCACAAGGCCUUCCAACCGAAUGCACCCAUUCAUAGAGGAAUCUUCAAAUAGUGUUUCAAUAUCGUAGUAUCAUUCUUUUAUGUCUUAUAUUCUUUGGGUUUGUUUUUUUACAAAUACUCUUUGGUUCUGUGUUCUAUACAAUGUAAAAUUUCACGUGUAGAUCAACUUUGAAACAAUAAAUUGUUAAUUUUUUUUUGUUGCUAAA